AUGUCCAGCCGCCGCCCCUCCGCGAAUCGCACGCCGCCACCUGUCCUGGCCGCCGUCCCCGCCGCCGCGGCCCGCCGGGCCCAGGCGCGGCCAGCCCAGGCCCGCGCCACCGCCCGUCACCUCUGUCGCCAGCGUGCCGUGCUCCGCCGCCCGCGCUUCGCCGCCUCGUCGCCGCCUCGCGCCUCGUCCCCGCCGCCGGUUGCCCUGGGCCCCGCCUCCUCCGCGGGCCUCCGUCCCGCGCCGGGCCCGAGCCGCGCCCCGCCUCGCACACUGGAGCCCUGCCGCCGCGGCUCCUCCCCGCCGGCGCCGACCCAUGCCCUGCCGCCCUCCGGCCUCGCCGCCAUGGGAGCCCGAGCCCGAGCUCGAGCUCGCCGCCGGUUCCCGUGCUCCGCCGCCCGGCCGCCUCCUCGCCCCAUGCCGCCGCCCUUCUCCUCCACUCCGGCCACCGCGCGCGCCGUCUCCGGCGAGAGCCCGGCCGCCUCGAUCCGCGUGCCUCGAGCCCCGAUCCGAUCUGGUAACCUACGGUUGACUUCUCCCCUCUCCCAAAUUACUCCAAGUCCCCCGUAA